CCUGCCUCUGUUGUGUCCGCUCUAGGAUUCCCGCUCCCGUUUGUGGUCUUGGCCUCUUUUCCUCGGCUCUCCGACCUCCUCGGUCUGAGGCGGCGGCGUCGAUUUCUAGGCGGGGGCGCGGGACUAUCUAGAGUCAUCCGCCAAAAUGGUGAAUUUUACAGUAGACCAGAUCCGAGCGAUCAUGGACAAAAAGUCCAACAUCAGAAAUAUGUCAGUGAUUGCUCAUGUUGACCAUGGCAAGUCCACGCUUACAGAUUCUUUGGUGUGUAAAGCGGGUAUCAUUGCUUCUGCCAGAGCUGGUGAAACACGAUUUACCGACACACGGAAAGAUGAGCAGGAAAGGUGUAUCACCAUCAAAUCUACGGCCAUUUCUCUCUACUAUGAGCUCUCAGAAAAUGAUUUGGCCUUUAUCAAGCAGUCCAAAGAUGGCUCCGGUUUCCUCAUUAAUUUAAUCGACUCCCCUGGGCAUGUGGAUUUCUCCUCUGAAGUCACAGCAGCCCUUCGCGUCACUGAUGGCGCUCUUGUAGUUGUUGACUGUGUUUCAGGGGUUUGCGUGCAGACUGAAACGGUGCUUCGCCAGGCAAUUGCUGAGCGCAUCAAGCCGGUUCUGAUGAUGAACAAGAUGGACCGUGCUCUGCUGGAAUUGCAGUUAGAUCCUGAGGAGCUUUACCAGACCUUCCAGCGCAUUGUGGAAAACGUCAAUGUUAUAAUUUCUACUUACGGAGAGGGUGAAACUGGACCCAUGGGUAAUAUUAUGAUUGAUCCUGUAAUUGGUACUGUGGGCUUUGGCUCUGGCCUGCAUGGUUGGGCUUUCACCCUGAAGCAGUUUGCUGAGAUGUACGUGGCCAAAUUUGCAGCCAGAGGGGAAAAGGCACAGCUCUCUGCGGCUGAUCGGGCCAAAAAAGUGGAGGAGAUGAUGAAGAAGCUCUGGGGAGACAAGUAUUUUGACCCAGCAACAGGGAAAUUCAGCAAAUCUGCAGCCAACCCUGAUGGAAAGAAGUUGCCACGGACUUUCUGCCAACUUAUCCUUGAUCCCAUUUUUAAGGUCUUUGAUGCCAUUAUGAACUUUAAGAAAGAAGAAGCAUCCAAGCUGAUAGAAAAACUGGACAUCAAGCUAGAUGCUGAAGAUCGAGAAAAAGAAGGGAAGCCACUUCUCAAGGCUGUUAUGCGUCGCUGGUUACCUGCUGGAGAAGCUUUACUUCAGAUGAUUACCAUUCACCUGCCUUCCCCGGUCACCGCUCAGAAGUACCGCUGUGAGCUUCUGUACGAGGGGCCGCCUGAUGAUGAAGCUGCUAUGGGUGUUAAGAACUGUGACCCAAAGGGCCCUUUGAUGAUGUACAUCUCGAAAAUGGUUCCCACAUCUGACAAAGGCCGCUUCUAUGCCUUUGGGAGGGUCUUCUCUGGCAUGGUUUCCACUGGCCAGAAGGUGCGGAUUAUGGGACCCAACUAUACCCCAGGAAAGAAGGAAGAUCUCUACUUAAAGCCCAUUCAGAGAACCAUUUUGAUGAUGGGUCGUUACGUUGAGCCCAUUGAGGAUGUCCCUUGUGGCAACAUUGUUGGUCUGGUUGGUGUUGAUCAGUUUUUGGUGAAGACGGGCACGAUUACCACGUUUGAACACGCCCACAACAUGAGAGUGAUGAAGUUUAGUGUUAGCCCAGUUGUGCGUGUCGCGGUGGAAGCAAAAAACCCUGCCGACUUACCAAAACUGGUGGAGGGUCUAAAGCGUCUUGCCAAGUCUGACCCUAUGGUCCAGUGCAUUAUUGAGGAAUCGGGGGAACACAUCAUUGCUGGAGCGGGGGAGUUGCACUUGGAAAUAUGCCUCAAAGAUCUGGAAGAGGACCAUGCCUGCAUUCCAAUUAAGAAAUCAGACCCAGUAGUAUCUUAUCGGGAGACUGUCUGUGAAGAAUCCAACCAGAUGUGCUUAUCCAAAUCACCCAACAAGCAUAACCGGCUUUAUAUGAAAGCCCGUCCUUUCCCUGAUGGAUUGGCAGAAGAUAUAGACAAAGGAGAUGUUAGUUCCCGCCAAGAGCUGAAGCAGCGAGCUCGUUAUCUGGCUGAGAAGUAUGAGUGGGAUGUUUCUGAAGCACGGAAGAUCUGGUGCUUUGGACCUGAUGGGACGGGUCCCAACAUUUUGGUUGACAUCACUAAGGGCGUCCAGUAUCUCAAUGAAAUCAAAGACAGUGUUGUGGCUGGAUUCCAGUGGGCCACUAAGGAGGGUGUUUUGUGCGAAGAGAACAUGCGAGGGGUUCGUUUUGACAUUCAUGACGUGACUCUCCACGCGGAUGCUAUCCAUCGUGGGGGGGGACAAAUCAUCCCAACCGCAAGGAGGGUCUUGUAUGCUGCUGCCUUGACUGCCCAGCCUCGACUGAUGGAACCCAUCUACCUGGUUGAGAUUCAGUGCCCAGAACAAGUGGUUGGGGGCAUCUACGGCGUGCUGAACCGGAAACGUGGCCAUGUCUUUGAGGAGUCUCAAGUAGCCGGGACCCCUAUGUUUGUGGUCAAAGCCUAUCUUCCGGUCAAUGAGUCUUUUGGUUUCACCGCCGACCUGAGAUCCAAUACUGGGGGCCAAGCUUUCCCACAGUGCGUCUUUGAUCAUUGGCAGAUCUUACCUGGAGAUCCUUACGAUGCCAAUUCACGCCCUUUCCAAGUUGUGGCUGAAACACGUAAACGCAAAGGCUUAAAGGAAGGCAUCCCACCUCUAGACAACUUCCUGGACAAAUUGUAACUGCUUCCCCAUGCAGGUGAGGGGUGUCUAUUACAGUACCCAACUUCAUAAUGGAAUUGGAUUGCUUCACAAAGCUAAGGAAGAAGUGGGAAACUGGACAAAGCUAAAUGAAAACACAAACCAGCAGCUAGCAAUUAUGUCAUGUUCACAUAAUGAGAAAUAAAGUGUGUUGUUGAGUAGA